AUGCGGCGUUCGUCACAGAGGGACUUCGCCGUCUACGAAUUCAAGGAGGACGACGAGGCUAUCGAGUCGGCGUCGGGGAGGUUCACGUCGAGGUUUGGGAAGCGAGGGAGCCCUAGGGGCGAGGCACAGGCUAUUUCCCAGUUCACAUUCUUGAAAGCCUGUAAGUUUCGUGUCUGCUUUAUGUCAUUGUUUCGUUAACCAUCGCGGGCUGAUGUAGACUUUUAUGGGGUCGUGGACCUCCGAUGAAGUCAGCUGGUCAUUUUUCUAUAUUAUAUUUUACCUUCAUCCACCUCAUUCAUCACGUAAUUUUCGAGAUCCUGAGAACUUGCUCUCGUCCAUAGUUGACUAGUUCAUACUGGAAUCAGCUUCUUCGACUGGAUUGUGGCCAUAAUUUGUCCAUUUUCCGGAGCUACUCCUUAGUGAUUAAAGUCGUUUGAGAAGACACCAGAGAUUUUCGGAAGUGACCAUUAACCAGUUAAUUAUCUAGAGCGCAGAAACCUGCUACAGCUAGAUCCGAAGCAAUCAGAUAUACUCCUGUUACUUCGGACCCUUUUAUCACACCACUAAGAAAGAGCAAGUAGGAAUGUCUCUCACUGCUGGCGAAUUCUCCUCGAGGUUUUUAUUUCCAUAGAUCAGACAGGUUCAAAAGUAUUAUUGGACGAUCCUUCGCCUCGUCCAUAGAAGUUAAUUAAAAUUUAAAAUAUCAAUAUAUAACAGUCUAAUUCAUGAUUUUAUUUAUUUUAUGGACGACACUGACACGGAGAAACGAAAGCUAGGGGAGUACGACUGACCUCUGGAUUUGAAUGUUUUGUUCUUUAUUGGACUCCAACAAUCUAGUAUUGGAAUUAAGUCUGAUGUAUCUCUGGGAACUGUAAGACAACAGUAAAUCUGUCAUUAUGUUCAUAUGACUAGGGCAUGUCUGUUUUCUUUCACUCCAUGUAAAUGUACUUGUGUGUGUACAUUAUACAAAAUUCCAUGUGACGUUAUGUAUUAUUCGUUGGGAUCAUCCUUUUUUUUUAAUUUUUCAUUGUGGUGCUCGUUUUACAUUUCCUCUUAUUAUUUUUAUUCUAGUUUUAGUUUACUAUGCUUCUACAGAUGCCUGGUAUGCGAAUAAGUAUAAUGGGUUAAUAGUUUAUUAUAAAAAAUUAAGCUGGGCUAAUUGCUCAAUGCCUAAAUUGUAAAAUGACAUUGGAUAAUUUUCUUAUGUAUGAUCUCUUCUUGGUACUCUUCAAAUCAAACAUUUCCAAGUUGGGUUGUUCUUGUUUUAGUUUUUCUCUAUGAGGCACUGAAAUCAUGUUUGCGAUUUUCUGAUUUUAGUUUCCACUGAACUCUCUGCAGUUGCUGAGGAUAUGCUUAGUCAUAACAGUGCAGUUGCUGAAGACUUGACUGGUGAGCAGAGUCUGACAUUUUGUGUGGAUGUUGAUACAAGUGGGUGUGAUUAUACAUAUGAUUGUUGUGUCUUGUGCCACACGCAGUUGCACAGUAAUUUUUUUUAUGGUAGAGCAGACAUGAUGGAUGAAAUUUCGUUAUCAUUGAAAAGCUAUAACAUGUAUGAGCUUACCUCUUGUGAUGUUGCUGAAGUGACAACCACUGCACCUGAAUGCAUCACAGAAGAUUCGACUAGAAUGGAACUUUCUAGUCCUGCAACACCCUAUUCUGCUGAUGACCUGUCUAAUUGUGCACUCUCAGACAAGCCAUCCAAUGUAUUGGCUCCCAUCAAAGUUAAACAAUCAUCUUCAUUUUUCAUGCCAUUUAAUCCUUUCAUAAUUUUCACUAUUCAAUGUGCUUGACAACAGGAAACACAAGCCAGUGUUGGUUCAGACGAUGGUGGCAGCUGGGUCUCAAGUCCCGAUCACACAGACAAUGAAGGUUUGAAUUUCAUUCUUUUUGAUUUUUUUAUCAUUAGUUGCUUAAGUAUUUAUAUUGACAUUUUGUGGAAUCUCAGGUUCUUUCCAAUAUCCAGUUUCUUCUGAUUAUUGGACUGGAGUCAAAGAAGCUGUAAGUAACGGUAUUUCUGUCCUUUUGUUGUCCUUCCAUUUGUACCUUUUUCGAGGGAUACAUUUUUAUUUCCCCCUUAAUUGUGGAGAAGAAAAGAUAUUCGUAUGGAAUGUGCAAUAAUAAUCCUUGUUGAUUUUUUUUGUGACGGAAAUUCAUUAGGUGUAAAUAAGAGACAUAGGGAUAUAUAUCUGUGUAGCCAACUCACAAAAAAGUCUCUCUAAUAAAUGUUCCUGUGGGCCCACGGAAAUAUCGAAUCAUGCAUUUAUAGAGUUGAAAGAUGUCGACAAGUCAGGCUUUUUUAUGGGUUUUGAUAAGCCUGUAGGGGUGAUUUAUGCUAAGGGUCUUGAUAUCACAUCUACUCUGGAGGUCUGGCCUACAUGAACUGUAGCUGGAUGGUGUUGCUGAACCAGUUCUAGGCUGCGUUUUGAUUGCGUGGUAGACUGCAUUUGACCUGUAACUGUUCGAUUCAGAUGUAUGGAUGAACUCUUACGGUUCCUCAAAUCCCUCAUAAACUAGAAUAAGUAGUUAAUUCCUCAUUCUACGUUCCUAGCAAUAGUAGCAACUUCUCUGAUGUGGGAACCGUGAAAGUCUGCAAAAAGUGGCAAAUUCUUCUCCAAAUCGCCAAAUUUACUAAAUGCAAGAUAAACAUGAAAAUUUUGCUUUUCCGUACACUCAGCCCUGCAAUUCAUUUUGGAAGUUGGAUGUGAGUGUAGAAUGUGGAUAAUAGUUUGGGAUAGUGCUACGUUCCUUUGGAAUGAAAUUUUCUGUCGAAGGGGGAAAUAUUAAAUAUCUUCAAAAUCCCCAACUUCGCAUCCCGGUGAAACUUGGGCUUUGCUGUUCUUUAUUUCUUAAACUGUUUUCCAAGCCUAAUUAUAACUUUGGUGGGUGUGCAAUUUGUCGAAAUAAUCUGAAAUGAAUCCGUACUAUCUACUCUCCCGUAAUUCCACAUGCCUGCCUCAUUUUCUGAACGAAAACUAAAAUAAUAUAUCUACGUUUAUUGAUUUAUAUACUUCCCUAACUCUGGGCAUUUAUUUUUAAAAUGUCUUCCUAGAGCUCGAUGUUUCUCCUGAGGUUACCCAUUAUCAUUAUUUUCCGAGUCAGGGAUGGGAAAAGUAGAAUUGUCCUUCAUUUAUCCUCCUCUUCAUGCAUUUACGCAUGGUAGGAUGACAUUUAGGUCUCUGCGUUCCUCCCUAAAAAAUUGCAAACAGUCGUGCAGUCCUUUCUGUUGGCUAAUUUCAUUCCUGAUCUUAAUUUUCUACCAGUUCUGGUUUUCACUUGGUAACUUGUUAUGACUGCUUAGUAAAGAAGAUGUUUUAUACAAGGACAAUGUUCUGUUUUCCUUUUCCUUUUUUUAUGGACUUAAUUAGUUUGAUGUUAUUCAGUUUUGGCAAUGAAUAGGAUGUUCGUGAUGACCUUAACACGAGCCCACUAGGAUCUAUCAUCUUCAUUCUUCAGCUUUCAUCAUCUGGUCUUUCUGUUGUUACAAGUGGGUGCCUGGUACUAGGUAACAGUACUUGUCUAAAUCUUGGGGAUUAGUCUUCCAAGAGGGAUACCAACAUUAGCCUUUUUUUUCUUGAAAACUAAAUUGCCGAGAAAUGCCGAAUAUUUAGGAAGUCAUAAGCUGAGACGUCCCUUUCUCUAGGUUUCUGUAAUCAUGUCCACCACUAUCAACUCAUAUUGUAGCAUACUUAUCUAGUAGUUUCUCUUCCACGAUUGUGGCUUGACUCUUCCAUUUAUUUGUCUGUGCAGGAGGAUAUUGAUGUACCUAUAAUCGUUCUGGCUGAAUAUGUUAUUUGCGGGAGCAAGAUAUACGCAGAAUCUCAGUUGAUUUUCCUCUCUGACAGCAUCAAAAUUCAGUGUUCAGACUCAAGUGGAAAUAAUUUCACCUCUGAAUGGGGAAUAGCUGAUAUAGAUCAUAUCAAUUGUCAGUGGAGUCAAAGUGUGGGUUCUGUUUUCUGCUGUUUUGAGACUAACUUGUCAUGGCCAUUAAACUGUCGACAUUAACACCUGCUAGUUUCUUUUUUGGUGUUCAGGCCGGAACUACCUGGGUCAAGAUCUGGCUGAAAUCAUAUGCCAGUUCUGCCACAGUUCUGGAUGCAUGCAAUACUUCUGGUACGAAUUUCCUGAUUUAACUGUGCAUUCCUGUUGUGGAUAUUUGAACUUUGGUGUCCUAUAUAUUUACCAAUAUUCAUUUUUGACGAAUUCCAGUUUUUGAAAUGGUUUUGAGCUUCAUUGUAAUAUUUGUGAUUCGUUUGACCAUGCUCUACAUCAUUUUAAGAAUGCAUGUUUACUCAAAUUAUAUUUGUAACGUGAUCAGGAUCUAAAGCAUGCAAAAGAGAAAGCUGUACUCAAUGAUUUAUUUAUCUUGCCAUUUUUCUAUAUUUCUCAAUCCUGGCUAUUUGAUUUGGGGCCUAUUGAGAUUUUUUCCUUUCAGGGCGUAGCUGUUUCUGCUGCUUAGUGGUAAGUGUGAUGGUAUCUAGUGGUCUUUAUGGUCUGACGGCUCCCAAUGUCCAUUUGUGUAUGCGUGUAUGUUUUUUUGGGAGAAUGGGUGGUGGUGGUGGAGUUUGUGAACUGGUUGCUGCUUGGGAUUUAUGGGUUUGAUGGGCAGGAGGCUGGUGCUUCAUGUGGGUGAUACUCUGGGAGGAAGGGGGGGUGGGUUGCCCCUUUUGUGUUAGGAGGCAGGUAUGCUUCAAUGUAGAGGUGAGUUUGAGUGGUGGUGUUUCGUUAGCUCGCUGCUAACCUGUUCUUAAUACUGACAGGCAAUCCUACUUGGUCUGUAGCUUUUGAUUGGAGAUGAGACUGUCGUGUGGAAAUUUUCAUGGCUUAUUGAUUUUUCUAAGGAAAAGAUCUGGCAAUUUCAGAAUAGACACCUGGGCUAGCUGUGGCUUUACGUGUUAGACAUGCAGUGUUUGUCUUUUAUUAGUCUGAGCACAUUGACUUGUAGCUCUCAUUUGUAGCCCUAAUCACCAUUGGUCAAUCAUAACUUUGUGGAUUGAUGAUAAAAUUGUGUCUCAGAAUUGAUUGAAUGAAUAAGCUUCAAGGAGUAAUAUUGUGGUUUUGUAUUGGGUGUGAAUUUCAGUUUAUUCUGAAUUAUCCUGUAUUUAAAGUGCAUUUCUAAAUUUGGCGAUCUUUUUAAACUAAAGUAAAAUAAUCAGAAAAAUAUUUUUAUGAAUGAUUUCUCUUCAUUGAUUUCCACCUAGUGUUUAUUGAAUCAUCUUCAUAUGACACUUUCAUUGUGUUGGAUUGAUGCCAUUUAAUGAGCCAUAUCUCAUUUGCUCCUGGUACCGGUCUAUUUUGUGGAAAAUGCGAACAAAAAGAAAUACUUAGCAUGUUUCCUCUUUUGGGUAUUGCUGUGUUGUAUAUAUUUAAACCAUCGAUGAAUAUACAUGAAUUUUCUGUGCUUUUAGUGCAGUUUGAACUUUUGUGAAUAUCUUCUUAUUUUAUUUUCAAUUUUGCAAGACUGAUAAUUUUAACUAAUAUUUAUUUUCUACUGUUACGGUACCAUGUAAUUUUUGUCUUUGUUUGCUUGUCAUUUAUAUGUUGCUGAUCUACCACUGUAAACUGUUUGCAGUGUUGAAGUGUUGUGUACCGGAUUUUCAUUGGUUGGAGAAGGAGCAAAAGAUAAUGUUGUUGGCUCCAGGAUACAAGAAUAUUUGGAGCACUGCUUCUGAGUAAGUUUUUAGAUAGGAAACCUUUUAUAAUGUUGAGAAAGAGGAUGUACGAGAUAAUUUUUAUGGCAAACUUUGCACUGAAUGGAUGCCGCCGAGUGUUUUUUAAAUGUGAAUCUGUCUACCGCUUUCGAACCAGGCACAUCCUGUGUAUUCAAGACGUUAUGAGUCAAAGAUCUUUUGGCAUGUCUUGUUCACCCAUUUGGUAAAUGUUUUGGGUGGACAAGAUAUUGAGUUGAUACUAAAGAACUGCAUGCUUCAGGUUUAUCCACUUUUCACUGUGUACUAAUCCAUGUAACUUGUGUUUUAUGAUUAAAUAAAAAUGAUGAACAUGGACAGCUUCAUUUGAACUGUAACGUUAUAAACUGAAACAAAAUAGGGCUCUGGUUCCAGAAAUUUUCUAUUGCCACAGAAAGACGAUCCAUCUAAGAGACUUCUUGGUGUUCAUUUUCAUUAUCCUAGAUCAUAUCCUCGUCUAUUAUUCUGAAGUGGAUCCUAUACUGCAUUUUGAUUCUCUAUAUGCUUGAUCAUUCGUUGUGGUGAUUUUGGUUGGUUUGGGAGGGCUAGUUCUUGUAGGAUAAAUCCUAGUAGAUUCAGAUGCAUAUGGGGUUUUCCAAAGGGAUUCUUUAAGACAGAAAAGUGAACUGAACAAACUGGAGGGGCUGAAUGUUAUUUGCAAGCCAUAGGAAUGACACAUCUGACCUUGGAUCAACGAGCUAUUGAGAAAUAGUUUGGACACGAGUAUUUCCCAGGAUUUCUCUUCACCUGUGGAACCUGGUGGUUGAUCUUUCUGUGCAGGUUCGUUGAAAGUUUGGAUCCCAAAAUGGUAACAAAAAACAGAAACGGCGUUUUGCAAUCUGCUAUAUGAUUUUUUAAUAUAAUAAGUAUAUCCUUCUUAAUGAAUGAGACUUUUCUGCCCCCGUCAAAAACCUGAAGGAAUGGCCCUGGGACAAUCCUUAGGCAUAUUCUUGAAGUGUUGGGCAGCGCUUCUUUGGCUGGUGUUUGAAGAUCAAAAGUCAUACAUUUAUGAAUUUUGAGCUGGAAUAUACAAAUAGUGGGCAAGUUUGCCAUGAUCUGUGGAAUGGUUUCAAUCACUGGUUACUGACUCCGGAAUGGUCAGAUAAGAAUUGCACUUGCGGCUAAGUUAUUAUUUCUGACAAAGCCUUACAUAGUCGGCUACAUUUACAUAUUUAGAAUACAUCUCAGGUACACAUCUACAAUUAAAAGCCCGUUCAGAAGUUUUUUAGAUAUUAAUUUGGAUCGAGAUUUUGUUCUCCGAUUCGCUAUGAAUGGUUUCAUAGAUAUGCCAACAGAUGCUAUUCUCAGGUGCAAAAGUGCUAUGUUAUUGCCUUCUUCUUUACGACCAGUUUAAUCACACCCUUUGUUUGCGCGAUUAUUUGUCACAGUGUGAAGUUUUCUGAGGAAGAGGAGGAAGGGCUUCAGUCAAAUAUUUCUAGACAUUACCUUGAUGAGUGAGUUGCUUUUUUCAAAUAUUUGGUAUUCAAAUACAUCUUUCAAAUGAUAAUUCACUGCAUCUUUCUUGUAUAGCCAGUGUUUUGGUUUCUACUUAUUUGAAUUAUGUUAAUCAUACUUGGAGAAAUAAAUCCCAUAUAUCGGGGUUGCGAAAUGAUUGUAAAGUUUCGGUUUAUUUUUGUAAACUAUUGCGCUACUUAAUGCGAGAAUUACAAAAUUUGGAGGACAACCAUUGAUUUUUAAAGGUAAAGAUUGUUUCUUUUUGUGGAAGAAAACUUCCACAGUUGAAGAAGAUGAAAGAGAAAUGACUAACUGUGGGUUAAAUGGUGAUCCAACCCCAGGUUAAAAAAGCUAACUGCAAACAAAAGAAAAGUGAGGAUAGACUCAAUUGAGUGGCAUGAUAUCUGUCUUUCUUCACUGCCAUGGAGCAAGUAUUUGAGGUGCUACAUUGGUUGGGGUUGAAGUUGGUGGUCAGUGGAGCCUGAUUAUCAUCUGGGGUACUCCCUCUCUGUUGCGUGAGAAAUCAUGUUCGCUAAUGUGUUUUUUAGUCCAAACAUGGUACCCAAAUCUCCUUGUUUUUCUAGGAGGAUGAAUUAUCUCUUGUCUUAACUUCACCAUAGUGAGAUUUGAUGUGUAGUUAAAGAUAAAGAAAUAUUUGAACCAUCUAAAAAAUCUGUUUAUCUCAUUUAGUCCUUUUCUCCUUGUGUGUCGAUCUUCUGUCUUUUCACUCUCCCCUUGUAUAGGAUGUGAGAUCUUCAAUACUGAUUGAUGAUUUUUGAAGUCGGUCGUUUUGAAUUUUCUUAGAACCAUCCUUCAUACACCUUUUAUGAUUUCUCCACUAUAAAAUCAUGCGAAAGAUGUAAUCUAUGAUAUAUCUCAUUGUCAAACUAGGAUCUUGAUCUUGAUCUUCUUGAUCAGGUCUUCGCCCUCCCUUCUCAUUGGAGCCAUCUAAAAAAUCCCAUUAGAGUAGAUUCACGAAAAGUCUUAUUUCAAUUCACCUAUACACCGAUUUAGAUACAUCUAUCGUGGGCCAAGCCCUCUUAUUUUGAAGAAAGAAAAGGAGAGCCCAUUAAGUAGUCCAUAACUAACUUACUUAAGAGCCCAAAUAGAAGAGAGACACUACAAUAACGAGAUCCUAGCUUGUCUGACACCCCCUUGCAAGUUGGGUGUGGAUGUUAAACAUGCCCAACUUGAAUACAAGCUUCUGUAGAGUUGGUCCCGGCAGCCCUUUGGUGAAUAUAUCUACCACUUGAUCAGUAAAAUUGAUAAACAUCAAGUUUAUCAUCCCUUCUUCAAUAUUUUCCUUGAUAAAAUGGCAAUCUAUUUCAAUGUGCUUUGUCCUAUCAUGUUGAACUAGAUUAGGGGCAAUAGCUAUAGGUGAUUGAUUGUCACAGUACAAUUUGAUGCAACCUUGAGAGUACAGAUGUAGAUCUUCAAGUAGUAUUUAGCCAUAUUGCUUCACAUAUACCUUGAGCCAUAGCUCUAAAUUCAGCUUCUGUACUAGAUCUGGACAUCACCUUUUGCUUCUUCUCCAUGAGACCAGAUUUCCACCGACGAAAGAACAAUAUCCAGAUGUUGACCUCUUGUCACUUACUGAUCUUGCAUAAUCUACUUCUGUAUAUAUUUCCACAAUACUAUCAUCACUUUGUGAAAAUAAUAGGCCUUGUCCUAUAGUAUUCUUCAAAUAUACUAGAAUACGAUAUGUUGCUUGUAAGUGAAUUUCUCUUGGGUCAUUCAUGAAUUGACUCAAGGAACUCACAUCAUAUGCCACAUCUGGUCUAGUAUGAUUUAGAUAAAUCAAUUUUCCAAUCAACCUUUGGAAGGAUUCCUUAUUAAUUGGAGGACUGUCACGUCUUGCUCCAAGUUUCACAUUUAUAUCCACUGGUGUGGCUGUUGGUUUACAAGCAAGUCGUCCAAUUUCCUAGAGCAGAUCAACAAUAUAUUUAUGUUGAAAAAUAAAGAUACCUUGUUUCGAGUGUGCCAACUCAGUAUCAAGAAAAUACCUUAGUCUCCCAAGAGACUUAAUAUCAAACUCUUGUGAGAGGUUUUUACUCAAAUUUUGGAUUUCAUUUGUGUCAUCACCUGUGAUCAAUAUAUCAUCAACAUAUACAAUUAAUACAGUCAUACCUCCACACGAAUUAUGUUUGAUGAACAAAGUAUGAUCUACAUUACUUUGUUUAUAUCCUUAACUUUUCAUUGUCUUGGUGAACCUUCCAAACCAAGCUUGAGGAGAUUGUUUGAGACCAUAGAAGGCUUGCUUUAGUCUACAAACCACUCCUGAUUGAUUGGAUAGUGGAUAUCCUAGAGGUAUAGUCAUGUAGACUUCCUCUUCUAGUUCUCCAUAUAAAAAUGCAUUUUUGACAUCAAAUUGAUGUAUUUCCCAGAUCAACUUAGCUGCUAGAGCAAUCAAUAUCCUCACAGUGUUAAGCUUAGCAACUGGAGCAAAGGUCUCAAGAUAGUCAAUCCCAUAUGAUUGAGUAUAGCCUUUUGCUACCAAUCGUGCCUUAUAUCGUUCAAGUGACCCAUCUGCAUCGAAUUUUGGGGUAUAUACCCAUUUACAACCCACAGCCUUCUUACCAGCUGGGAGAGGAACCAGAUCCCAUGUAUGGUUCUUUUGCAGGGCUUCCAUCUCUACAUCCAUUGUUUGGCUCCACUUCUGGCUAAUGCUUCAUCAAUUGUUUUUGGUAAACUUGUCAUAUAAAGUGAGCUCAAGAAUACGUUAUACUCUUGACUCAAUCUAUCAUAUGAUAGAUAACUUGGUUUGUUUCUGCAAUUCGUUACCCCUUUACGCAGGGCAAUAGGCCAUCUGAGCUGAUCAUCUUCAGCUAGGCCUACAUCAAGCUAUUCGACCUCAUUUUGCCUUGGAUCAUCUUCUUCCAGCUGCAUUGGUUCAGUUACAUUCUCCACCCUUUCUUCCUCAACUGUGACUGUUGUAUUAGGUGACUCUGUCUGAACUUGUCUCCUAAAUAUUUGUGUCACUUGAGGGCAAGGGUCUUCAGAGCUAGCAACUAAAGGAUUUUCUGAUCUUUGAAUAUCAGACUCUUCGAUCCUUUUAUAAUACAUCUUGUAUUCAUUAAAUGUAACAUCUGUAGAUAUAUAAUAUCUUCUGGAUGAUGGGCAAUAACAUUUAUAGCCCUUUUGAGUGGGUGAGUAUCUCAUAAAUAUUCACUUACGUGCUCUAGGAUCCAACUUACCCAAUUGAGUAUUAGCAAUGUGAACAUAUGUCAUACAACCAAACACCUUGGGAGCUAAGUUCGUUUGCAACUUUACAUUUUGAUAAGUUUUAGGUAGUAACUCAAUUGGACUCUGAUGUCCAGUUGAUCUUACUAGUAUGUGAUUUAUAAGAUGUGUAGCUGUCAAUAUAGCCUCUCCCCAAUAUUGUUUGGGUACAUUUCCCUGGAAUAAUAGUGCUCUAGCUGUCUCCACAAUUUGGUCAAUCUUUCUUUCAGCUAACCCAUCUUGUUGUGGAGUAUCAAUACAUGAUGAUUCAUGGAUUAGACCUCUUUGAGCAAAAUAAGGGAGAUGAUAGUAUUGAAAUACUCUUUGGUAUUAUCUGUUUUAAACUGCUUUAUCAUUGUUCCAAAUUGAUUGUCUAUCAUGUUAAAGAACUGUGGGAUAAUUUGAGCAGCUUCAACUUUGGACUUAAGAAGAUAAAGUCAUAUAAAUCGGGUACAAUUAUCAACAAAUAGCAUAAACCAUCUGCCACUAGAUAUUUGACACGACCCCAUAUAUCACUGUAAAUCCGAUAUAGUGGUACUAAACUCCUUUCAUUCUUAAAAUGAAAUGUAGAUCGUUUGCUUUUGACUAAUUGAUAGGCCUCACACAUCAAAGUUUUGACAUCAACCUUAUUACAAAUGGUAGGAAACCAAUGUUUCAUCAAUUUAAAAGUAAGAUGUCCAACACGACUAUGCUGAAGCAUGAUUUGGUUCCUAGCAUCUCUAGAAAGACUAAGAGAGGAGAGACAUACUGCAUCUUGAUCUUCCAGAUAGAGAAGGCCAUCUUGAUGAUUAACAUGUCUAGUCCUCUGCCCUGACACCUUAUCAAUUAGAAAACAUGCAUCAUCUUCAAUAAUAAAUUUGCAUUUACAAUCUUGCACAAGUUUUUGUAAGGACAUAAGAUGUGCCUUAAGUCUAGGCACAUGAAGGACAUCUUUAAGUGUACCCAGCCCAUUAAUUUUGAUGCUCCCAAUACCCACCAUUGAUAAGAUUCCUCCUCCAGCUGUAAGGAUCUUUUGUGGCCUAUUUAUCUUUACAUAAUUAACGAAUCUAGAGAUAUUUGGUGUCAUGUGAUAUGUGGCACUAGUAUCAAUAAUCCAAUUUAUUCUACUAGGUUUUGGGAUAAUAGCAUUACUGAAAAAUAUUUUUGUUUUCACCUUAGCAUGCCAAUGAGGUAGAACUCAUCAUGCUUUUGAGUCGCUUUAGUUCUUCCUUUAUUUUCAUAAGGUCCUCCCCACGUUCAUGAGUAGUCUCUCUUGUUUGCUCCUUCGACUGCCCUUGUUCUCCACCUUCAUGACUCUGAGAAGUAGCAACAUAUACCAUUCGAUUUUGUUGGAGCUUACCAUGUAACUUCCAGUAGGUCUCUCUGGUAUGUCUUUUGCGUUUGCAAAAAGAACACCAAGGACUAUCCUUAUAUCCUUAUAGUCAUUUGAGGUUCUCUGUCCUUGAUCAGUUGAAUUCUUCUAAUCUUGCUAAACUUCUUGGCUUGAUUUUUUUUCAAUUUUCUUGGUGAAAAACGCAAUUGGGUUGGGCCUUGAUGGAUCUGAGAAUAGAUGCAGUUGACUCUCUUCCUCCCUAACAAUACCGAUGGCUUCAUCCAAAUCUGGUGCCCUCUCUCUACGUAGGAUUUGACUCCGAAGACUCUCAUAUUCUGGAUUUAAAGCCAUUAAGAAUGUAAACAUUCUCUGCUUCAAUAUGUAAUUUCUUUCUUUGGAGUGAGGAUUCUUCACAUACCAAUAAUGAUCACUAUCGUGUCAUAGCCUUCAGUUCACAUGCUAACUCCAUGAUUGUCUUCUCCCCUUGUAUUGCCCUCACUAUUUUGGCAUUCAACCCAUAUAUCUUCCAAUCAUUCUGCUGCUUAGAGCAAUUCUUGUGGACUUCACUCCACAAUUCUUUCACAGUAGUCGUAUAAAGAAAGUUAUCGCACAUUUUUGCUGUCAUGGUUCCAAGGAUUCAUGAAUGAAUAAAGGCUUCCUCGGAUUUCCAAAUUUUGUAAUUCGGAUCAUUCAUACCAACAGGAUCAUCAAUUAGAUGCUCUGACAAACCUCUCCCAAAGAGGGUUAACUCCACAAAUUUCUCCCAUUGGUACAGAUUGGUAACAUUAAAUUUUAAGCGCUCAGGCAUACCUGGCAACGCAUACAUUAUCUUGUCUUGGCCACCAACAAUUGCUGUCAUGACUGAGUUGGAUGCAGAAGCUUCUUGCCCCAUUGACAUCUCCUGUUUCUUGAUUCUUGAAUCAAGAAUUGCUCUCAACUGACGUCCCGAAUGCUUGAUUCCAGUUGAUGGAAAGCGUGUCCUUGUCCUUGCGAUGCUUCACGCCUCAACCAGCUCUAAUACCAUGCCAAACCAGGAUCUUGAUCUUCUUGAUCAGGUCUUCGCCCUCCCUUCUCAUUGGAGCCAUCUAAAAAAUCCCAUUAGAGUAGAUUCACGAAAAGUCUUAUUUCAAUUCACCUAUACGCCGAUUUAGAUACCGGUUACAUCUAUUGUGGGCCAAGCCCUCUUAUUUUGAAGAAAGAAAAGGAGAGCCCAUUAAGUAGUCCAUAACUAACUUACUUAAGAGCCCAAAUAGAAGAGAGACACUACAAUAACGAGAUCCUAGCUUGUCUGACACUCAUUUCAAAGAUCCAUGCUUCUAUAGCAUCCUCUGAAAAUGUUCUUUUUGGUGCUUGAACGCAACAGAUAAUAUCUUCUUUGAAACAUAUAGUACAUUUCUAUUGUAAAAUGAAUGGCAAACAAAGAUACUCCCAGGUAAUCCUAUUAAGAUUGAAAACAAUUGCCGCAGAAAUCAUAUGAUCAGUAGGUUUGUUAUCAUGCCCAGAACAACGGAUAUAGAAUAAAUUAUUAUUGUUUGAAUGCAAUCUGAGUGGUCUGACGCAAUAUAUAUAGGUUUCGGUAAGUUACAAGUGGCUGACUUUCCUGUCAUGACCUAAUUUUUUUCUUAGCGCCAUGCUUGAAGCAGAUCAGGUGGUGCCAGAUGUAGGAAGUGGGAGGUAGCUUCUUAGUCAUGUGUGCUUCUUGCAUCAUCAUGGAAGUAGCUGUCAGAUAUCAGGCUGCAUCUCCAGUCUGGAUGCCCCCCUGGUGUGGAGGAUUUUGCUCACGCAACUGUUUACAAAGGAGUUUUUGACUAUUUUUAGGAUUCCUUGUGAGGAAAGAAUUUUUGAAAUAUUUGGUUGGACGUUUUUGCUUUCAGGGAAUCUGUAUCUUUGAUCCAUAUCAUCUUGACUUGGUUCUGCUUCCUUUCUCUCUUUUUUUUUAACAACACCGUGUCAGGUUGUUCUCCUGGCCGACACUGAGAGACAUGCUAGGGGAGUGAAUGGGAUUAGAUACCCUGGUAGUCCAUGCCUUAAACGAUGGAUACUGAUGGAUGAGGUACUGAGCGGAGCUGUCGAAGCCAAGGUUAUGAAAGCCUGUGCUAGGAGUAAUGUGAUGCGACCUGAGGUUAGGAUAACAUGUUGAGCUCAGACAAUGCGGAUUCUGUUCCUCGCAAGUGCCAUUUUCUGUUUUGUUCGUCACCGCAGCACAAAAGAAUGAGGAAGCUGGAAUAACUCAGAAAAAGAGUGGGGACUAGCCACUGCGGAGCUUGAACCAUAACCAUCUGAUCGCCUGGAAGCUUCAACUGUCGUUGACUAUGACAUCAGCCACAAUGAUAAAGAGCCUCGCGAUUAUGGCAGGGUGGUGGGAGAAGGGAGCUUGACUGCAAGACCCACCGUCAAGGAGGGACGUGGAAGCCGUGCUCACCCUUCUCUACUUUGAGGGAUCCCUAAUAUUGAUGAUUCCAUCCUUCCUGCACGGGGGUCCCAAUAACUGAAACUGUAAGAUCAGGACCUCGUUAAACUAGAUUGACAACAAUAGUACUCCAGUCAGGCUGAUGAGCUUUGUGCGGCUGAUGCUAAAAGAGAGGCAGACUGUAGCAUUGGGUACCUCAUUUUGUUUGCAUUAUUCUGAGUUGUAUAGAAAAUGAUUUUACAUAUGAUUUCAUGCAGAAUGGUUAACAACAGUUAUUUUCGGGUUCUGACCAUCUUUUCAGUUCCACCGUCUAUUUCUGAUGUUGCCGGUCAUACUCAGUGCUAGCCAGCACUAGAAAUUCCUUGGGCAUCUGUAUCACUGUGAUAUCUCCGAUGAUAUGCGAGACAUUGUUUUACUCGAGAGGGGGAGUAGUGCCCAGAUGUUUGGCUUCCGAAGUUCUUUUAUUGUUUGUGCGUCAUAUUUUGCUGUUCUGGAGGGUUCAACUUAAAGAAUGGUGACUGCUUUUUUCUUUUUUUCGAUUAGUUAGAGUCCAAACAUCCUAUAGUUUUAUAGAUGAUUAUUGCCUAUUGAGUUAUUCCACUUUUUGCGUUUUCAUUUACUAAAAUAUGCCAUCUUUCUAAUCAAAUCCUGAAUUAACAGCUUCAAGGAAUCUUGUGAUGGAGUCAUCUAUCCAAAAGGUGAUCCUGAUGCUGUCUCUAUUAGUAAAAGAGACGUUGAUUUACUACAACCUGAAACCUUCAUCAAUGAUACUAUCAUUGACUUCUACAUCAAGUAAGUUAAAAGCGAACGAGAUAUCCUUUCUCUCAUUUGGUUGAAUGAUGUCGUAGCUUAUUCUGUAAGACUAGACUGUCAAGCCUCUGUUGCCUCAGUAGUUUGUCGACAUUUAGCUGUUUUGCUCUAUGGUUGAACUGUAAAAGAUGCCAUCCAGCUGUGGAAACCUUUUCCAUAUUUUAUAUUAGGUUCUGCAAAUAUUUUCAUUAUUAUCUUAGCUUUUAAUUGUGAUAUGCAAUACUCUACAUCGGAGCUUCAUUUUGGUGAAAGCAAGCACUGACCAGACCUCAUAAGUUAGUGUUCGUAACAUUGGGGAGAUAUAUCAGGGAGAACAAUUUUCGGAGUCUGAAAUUCUGGGGAGAGAAUUUGUAGAAGAGAUUACUUUGGUUUGAACUUUGUAGUGAUAAGUUAGGAGAAAUAAUUGUUUAAGAUGGAGAGGUUUAGUUUUAGCAUUAUAAAUACGUGUUUAAGAUGAGGAUAUUUGACAACUUUUAAGGGUUGGCUGGGCAAGAUAUGAAUUGGCAUCUUCCUUUGCAGACGAAUUUAGUUGGAGAAACAAUAGUUUUAUUCCAAUAUUCUCUGUUUCAACUUAUCGUGGAUGUAACAACUUUUGAUAUCUAAUAUCAUUUAUUAGACGUAAAUUUAAUCAAUGAGGCUUUCAGUAAUGGAAGUUGAAAGGAUUGGGAAAGGUAUUUUGGAAGAAAGAGUAGGAAAUCAUUGAAGAGUCAUGUUUUUUCUACCGUGAACUGUGCUAGUGUCAAUUUAGCACUGGUUUUGUUCACAGUUAGCAAACCUCACAACCUAGGGAUAUGCUGUUUGUUUCGCCUUACAGAACGAGAUAACAUGAAUAUUGGAAGAUCUCUGAUCUUCAUUGGGAAGAAAGAAGAAGCUAUUUUUCACAAUAGAUUUAAAGGAUGCAGUGUUAGAGGGAAAUGGGAGUAUUUCCAGAACCUAUCAGACAAUGAUUGCAAGAUAAAAUGCUUUGACAUUGACCAUAUCUCGGAUGGGUGGAUUUGAUAUUACUACAGUACUUGAGAGAAAGAAGUCAAAAUAAUCACGUGUGGUGAAAUGUGCAUUGAACCAUUUAAGGCCUUGAUUGACUUUGGGGCCAUUUUUGGGGCCACCCAGGCCAGAGUUUUCUUAUGCAUUUUUUUGGGCCCAUUUAAGGUUUCGAUUUUCCAAUCUAAUAUUUUGUGUAUUGGACUCUUGAAGAGAACACAUUUUGAUUUUUUUGAAGACAGUUGACGGAGUUUCUAGCUUUAUCACUUGAUUCGUACUAGGAAAGAAAGUGGUUAAAACGGUUAUUGAUUGUCACACUGGGGAUGUGGGAAUGAGCAAAUGAUGAUGUGAGAGUGACCGCUAGAAAACUAAUUGAUUUCGUUUGUCCGGGUUGAGUUGCAUCAAUGAUCAGCUUUGAGUUGGGAAUUGGCUUCAGCUUUUUCUUGGGUGGGGUUUUCAAUCUACUAUGAAACAUAAACAGAAUGGCGCAAUAUGCAGCUAAAACGGUUAAUAGUAAUGAAACCGAAAGCUCAGUGCUUAUGACUCUUUUCCUUUUUCCUAACAUGGCGCUUAAGAACUGUCAGAAGAGAGAGAAAGUAAAAUAUUGAUUCUAUUCUUAAUCCUUGUCAAAGUUGUGAAGGUAGAGAGCAUCUUCAAUCUUACCUUCUGUAUGGCUGCUUCUCAAUCGGAGUUUCGAAUCUUCAUCUUUUCUCAUCAACAUUUGUUGCCUUCAGCUUUCUACCAUUUUUGAAAUGGAGACAUACCAUAGAACAUUGGCAUGAAUUUCUUUUAGGGCAGGGUUGAAUUACUGGAGAGCAUGUCCCUGGAAAAUAAUUUGUUAGAAGAAUUCUUGGUUCAAUUUUUAUUAUAAUUAAUGGUUUUCGAUUUAUGAGGAGUUAAUAUUAGAUAUACCUAAUAAUCUGAAUAACUACUUGUUUGAAAGGCGUUCCUUUUGAUAAGCUUGCAUGCGAAUGAGGCUUUGUGGAAUAAUCUGCUCUCAUUUAAGUAUAUUAUUUAAUUAAUUAGAAAUAUUUAUAGGUUUUUCGUAAAAAAUAUGGAAAUAUUUUUUGUCAUUUGAACAUAUUAUCUCAUUGGACCAUUUUUUAUUAAUUUAAAUUAUUUUCAAAUAUAUUCAAACGAGUUGUCGUCUAAGUGCGUCACAUGUUGUUUAUACAGAAGGCAGUAAACAAUUAUCUUCGUGGCCUUGUUUGCGUUAAAAUUUCGGUAUUACUGGUUCCGUUUAAAGUGGCAUGAGACAAGUUGGUGGGAAAAAGUUUAGAUUCUCAGUUGCGUAAUAUACAAGCUUGUGCGACCAAAGCGCAUGUCAAAAGGUUUUUCUAUAUAGAGGAAAUCUAUACUGAGGACGAAAAAGUUGUGCUUGAUUAGGGUUGAGUGAUCUUUUAUGGUACUAUUGCCAGCUGACUCAUUUGGAAUUCAAUCGUAGCAUUUAAUGUAAAUCCAAACAUUUUUUCCUCAAUUGAGACUCUGGGCGUUACUUUGAGAUGUCUUUCGAGUGCAUGAUGUUUUUCAUGAACAGAAAAACAUGGUACUAGCUUUAAAUUCCCUCAUGGAAGUGUAUACCUGUCAAAACUUUUGGAGAGAGUAACCUUGCCAAACCCAGGUCCCUACUUAAUUAAAAGUAGAGAAGAGGUAAACACAGAAGGAGACUACUUUGCGGAAAGGCAUGAGCGCGCAUCUGUCCAUCCCCAGUAAGUGAGUGAUUCUGACCUACCAAGAAAAAUAUAGGCCAGGAUGUGGUGAUGUUUUAUAUCUUGUCUCUUUACUUGCAUGUAAUGUUACCAGUUCAAAUCAUGUUCUCUACUUGUACUAUUUAAAUAUAUGUUAGAUUACUGAAGUUUGUACUUUGUCGGGAUCGCUUUCAUUUUCAUUUGUAAUGUUUCUUCUCAUAUUUGAAUAGAACAUCCGAGUACUGACUUUCUGUGGUGUCUUCACGAUGAUUUGCUUGAUUGCAGAUAUUUGAUAAAUAAGAUUCAACCAAAGGAGAAGCAUAGAUUUCAUUUCUUUAAUAGUUUUUUCUUCCGUAAGUUAGUGGAUCUAGACAAAGACCCAUUAAGUACUGCAGAAGGCAGGGCCGCUUUCCUUCGUGUACGUAAAUGGACCAGAAAAGUGAAUAUUUUCGAGAAAGACUACCUUUUCAUACCUGUCAACUACAAGUAAGAAUGUAUAAUUAUGCAUAUUUAUUUAUUGAGCAAUACAUUAGUUUCUUAAAUAUUUAAUAUCCAUUUCUUGAGUCGCAGCCUUCACUGGAGCCUGCUUGUUAUCUGUCAUCCUGGAGAGGUGGCUCAUUUGAAAGGCAAGUCCAGGUGCUUCAAAAUUUUUUAACGAUUAUGACAUAUCGGGAUUUUUCUGACAUGUAUAAACGUUUUGUUUUCAGAAGAUUCAAUUCACGAAGCAUGCAGGAUUCCUUGUAUACUGCACAUGGAUUCAAUGAAAGGCAAUCAUGAUGGCCUUAAAAAACUAAUUCAAAGGUAAAUUUUUUAUUUCACAAAGAUAGUUUUUCUCUUUUUAUUCUACUAUGUGAAAUUCUGGAAAAUAUACUAAGCAGCUGUUUGUGGAGAAUACUGUAUGAGUUAUGAGAAAUUUAAUCUAGCUAUUCCCCUCUCUAUAUUAAAAUAUUGAGUUAAUCAUUAUUUCAUUCCUUGUGAGGACAUUUUUUUGGAUCAUCUAUAAGUAACUGCUCUGUUGAUUGGUUGUUUUUUGGAAGGUAUCCAAAUUUGCUAUGGUUCUUUCUUCCUACUGUUUUUUGAUGAUGUUGUGAACUAUUCAAAUCUUUUGAGUUUGAAUUAUAAUGUUUUGACUUGUCGAUGGAUAAUUUCGUCUUGCUACAAACUUUAUUUGGGUCAGUAAACUGGAUGUUAGCCAGUGACCUUUUAUGCAGAUGCUAACUAGUGUGCAGGCUGAACCUUGCCACGAGUAUUAAUGCGCAAUAUAUUUCUUUUUUGGGUUCUGAAACCACCUAUAUGCGUCGUGGAUUAUGCAUUGCCUUGUGUAGGUAUAAAUUUACUCCUAAUCAUGAUGAGUUUUUCCUCUGGAAACCCUUCAAGUUUCUCAGUGGACCAUGUUUUCAUGUUCUGCUAAAUGAUUCUGUUUCCUGAAUAAUGACUUUCUCAAUGGAUAGCGUUUGAAAAUCUGUCCUGCGGUUCACAAUGAUAAUGAUGAUUAACAGGGCGUGACACUGCCCACAUGAAACAACUUUCUUGGAUAAGAAAUUAUAAUGACUAUAUUGAAGUGGAUAUUAUUGAUAUUUAAAAAAUAUAACUGUUAGUGAAUGACUAUAAAUGAAUGCACUGAAUUUUCAGGUGAUGUGACUAUCCACAAGGCAAUGAGAAACAAAAGUAGAUUGCUCAGUACAUUGGCAUGCCGAAAACUACUGCAAACUAAAUUGUUUUGUCUGCUAGAAUAGGAUUGGAUAUAUAUCUUUUAUUGCGUCACUCGUGUUUGACCAGAAAAAUAUAAAAUUUAUUGAUGUAAAAUUCAGAGGCAGGACUAUGCACUUGGAUAUGCAUGCACACGUUAUCUGAGAGAUUCGAACCAUACAAAUGAAUCAUUUCUCAUCUUCUUUCCGUGCAUUUCGUAUUCUUGAUUGUUUUGGAAAAAUGUUGAUUAAUUUUCUUUAAUUGCCAUGGGAGCAGCUAUUUGUGUGAGGAGUGGAAAGAGAGAUACUCAGGAUCACUUGAAGAUACGUUUCUGUUGCCAAAUUUCUCAAAUUUACGAUUCAUCCCUCUAGAGGUUUGUCCACCAUCCAAAUCACAUUGCAGAUGAUUUUCUUCUUUUUGGAUCCUAUUAUUUUCUGUCAGAUGUAUAUCCAUACAGUCUUCUUAUUCAUUUCGUUGAGAUCUGGGUUAGCUUGAAUCUUUGUGGUCUAAAAGUUACCAUGACUUUCCCACCGGGGAGUAUUCUGAUGAUCUGUUUGAAAAUUCGUAGAUUUGCAUAUGCACUCUUAUGUCUAUUUUGUUCGUGUUGUCCUGCUUUUCUUUUGAUCAGGGAAAGCUCUUUUUUUUUUCUGAAUCUAUGGCUAUACAUAAACUUACAGUAGGCAGGCUUACGAGGCGUGGGUGCAUAACUCAACUUGGUGAAGCUGCCUUUUUCCGAAGAGAAUCGACAUGCACAUCUGUGUGUGCGGCAUUAUUGACUCUUAAAGAUCAUAUGUUGAUCCCCAUCCUCCCCUUUCCUAAAACAUGUCUCUAUCCUCUAGGUCAUCAUAAGGACCCUUAUUCAUCUAUUGCCUGCUAUAUGUAGGAAUUGGGUUUUCUUGAACCUUAGUCAGGUCUUGGUCUUCUUGUCAAUGCCUCUUUGGUACAGACGGAUUUUACAGAUCUCAUGUACUGUUAUUCUAUAUUUCUUUUAAUCUUUGACUGUAAUGAAGAAAAAGCGAUCAUUUAUUUUGGCUCAAGGGCCACGAUUGCCUGCAAGGAACUAUAAAACUGGACGAGGCCCUGAUCGUAACACAGUUCUUUUAAAUAGUCUCUACUAGCUCUUUGGGUUACAAAAUAUUUAUGAUAUGGGUUUUCUAGAUUCGAUCCUUGUUCGGAGGUGCUUUACUUUGUUGUUCACCUACCUAGGAAGGAUGUAAGUGUCUUGAUUGCAAGAUACGAAUGUAAUGGCUUCAAAAAAAAAAUUGAAAUGAAAGGACAUCUUUAGGGUGAUAUUUCCAACCCUAAAUCUGGUUCAGCCCCAAGAUAUUAUGUUUCUAAUAAAAUGAAACUCUGCUUUCUUUCUGUUGUUAAGUUUUGGAUUUGCUUGAGUGAUUAACGAGCAUUCAUUAGUAGCCCUUUGUUUUCUUCAAAUAAGAUGGAGCUUGCUUAGUCGUAGAUCUCUUUUGUCCCACCUUAUUUUGGAAGUAUAUGUUUUACUUCAAUGUCAGCAUUGAUGAUGCUUCAAGUCCCCUCAUCAACCUCUCUGCUUGUAUUUUCAGUUACCGCAGCAGCAGAAUGCAUUUGACUGCGGCUUCUUUCUUCUCCACUAUGUAGAGCUCUUCCUGAAAGAGGCACCAGCUAACUUCAAUCCGUUCAGCAUAACAAAAUUCUCCAAUUUCGUGAGUAGCCCCUUUUUCUGAGCUUAUUGCUUUUUUUCUUUUUUCCUCGAAUAUCAUGAAACCGCAUUCUGAACUUGACUUGUAAAAUCUUAAGCUCGAGAAACCUUCUGUUCCAUUUUCCCAUAAUGUUCACAAGGGCGAGAAGUAGAAUCAAACCAGAAAAAGAACAGCCUAUGAACAGAAAAGUAUCAUCUACAAUCUGUUUAUCUGUUAAUCAGGGGGUCGUUUUUUUCUAUCUUCCAGCCUUUUGUUCUGACCAAUGCUGAAGUAUCAUUUCCUCUUAGGCAUGGGUUUAUAAUCCUCUAUAUUGAGAAAAAAUCUUAUCAUUGCAUCAUCAUCAUCAUUAUCAACCCGACGUAGUAUUUGAGAUUGAAACUAAAUUUUUUGGUCGACUGUAAUCGUAUGCAUGCGGGUUAUUAGGGCAUCGCAGAACCCAUUCUUCUGAGCAUUUACCUGGUUCGUAUCCAUUUCUGUUGUUUGGGUAGAUUUGAGACACAUUUCUGGUUGACACGGGUGUGUUGGAGAAAAGAAGUAGCAUUUAGGAUACUCCAAAAAUACGCGGAGCAUUCUGAACACAGACAGGCAGAGAGAGAGAGAGAGAGAGAGAGAGAGAGAGAGAGAGAGAGAUAGCUUGGCGGAAAAUAAUGAUGAGUACUAAUAUCACCUAGAUAACUAAAUGUUAGCAUAUCAUAAUUAAUAAACUUGCAUUGUACGGUUUGAAAUUUAUUUUGUAACAUGCCAUCCGAUCCUUUGUUGACUAUGCCACACAAGAGUAAAAGAGACCUGAAAUCUAGCAUCAUCAUCAUGGCCUGGGACUAUUUCAUUGUCAGAUGGGCUAAAAAAAAUAUUUUAUAUCUUCGUCUAUGACCAAACUCUCAAAGAAUCAGGCUUUUCUUGUGUUGUCAUUUUCAGUUUCCUUGAUAGUAACGUUUCUAGUCAUGUCCUCGGAAGUCCUGCUACUCAUCUACUGUGCAUCCACAUUUCAUCCACGUUGACCCACCCUGCUUUGUCCUGGCUAGACUACUGAAAUAAACUAUCAACCAUGAACUUAACUUUCCAGGCUUUUCUGCGUCUGGGUCUCGCAAAAGUCAACCAGGGCCAGCUCGCCCUGCUCGCUGCCCUUCAUGAACCCUAUUCCAGUUUGACUUUUAAUCUAGUUUUUGCUCUCUUGAUAUGCUAACGAUGAUCAUCAGCCUCCUACUCACAGUUCUGGUGUUCCUGAUUCCAGCUGACCGCUGACUGGUUCGUCCCCGACGAAGCUUCCCACAAGCGCUUCGUGGUCCGUAAUCUGAUCUUCGAGCUCCUGAGCGAGUUUGAAAAGGAGUCCUCUCCGACUUCUUGCAGCCGCGGCUGGCCAGAAGACCCUCCUCCGGACAAGGAACCUCCCGAAUUCCUGGCAGCCAUGGACGACGACACCCAUGAGCCGCCCCCUCUCCACCACUUCUUCUCCCCCGAGUCCCCGGGAAACCUCUCCCCCGACCGCGGGAGACCCCUCAAAAUCCUCCUCCCAAGCUCCUCCAGCCCCAUCCGGCCUUCCAUGUCCCCCACUGAGGUAGGUAACCCUCCAAUUCGCCCUCUUCUUUCUCCUCUUCGUCUGAUCGAUUGCUCAACGGGCUUCAAAAUGAAAUGGGCAGGAGGAAGCGGAGCCGAGCGGGCAGGCGUGGCUGUGCGACGGAGGGCGGGCGCCGGCGGAGUCGACGUCGGAGGGCAGCGGCGCGAGCGGCUCGCCGCGGGGGGCCUCGGCGGCUUGGGAAUCCGGACCCUGUGGGGGGUCGGGGGAGAGCCUGGAGGCGUGUGUGGUGGAGGACUCCUUAGAGGAGGGCGACGACGACGACGACGACGACGACGACGGCACCGCGUCGGGGGGUGGCAUGGGCUGCGCUGGCGCGGAGGGGGAGGAGUUGGAGGGGGGGAUGGCGGGCGAGGACGGGGAAGGCCGUUGCGCCAACCCGCCAGUGCAGCCCCACAAGCGGCAGAAGGUCAUGCACGAGGGCACGUAA